GGAUUAAAGAUGGCGCCGUAUCAUGUUCUAAGGUGCUGUCAGCGGAGUUUAUCUUGGAUACCUGUUAUUUUCAUAAACCUUGUCGUUGGCUGGUCUUAUUAUGCAUACGUCGUUGAACUCUGUAUCUUAACAAUUCCAAAUAAUGCCGAAAAAAUAUCAUACCUAGUUGUCUUUCACCUGUUCUUCAUUAUGUUCAUCUGGUCCUACUGGAAGACUAUCUGCAGCAGGCCCGCCAACCCCUCUAAAGAGUUUUGUCUGCCCAAAGUGGAGAAAGAGCAGUAUGAGAAGGAGGAACAUCCAGACACUCAGCAGGAGAUCCUGAAGAAGGUGGUGGUAGGAUUGCCAGUCUAUACACGCACUGGGACAGGAGCCGUCCGGUACUGUGACCGCUGUCUGGUGAUCAAACCCGACCGCUGCCACCACUGCUCCACCUGUGACAUGUGUGUACUGAAGAUGGACCAUCACUGUCCAUGGGUGAAUAACUGUGUUGGAUUUUCAAACUACAAGUUCUUUGUCUUGUUUCUGGCCUACUCCAUGCUGUAUUGUGCAUUCAUCGCCGCUACCGUCCUGCAGUAUUUCAUCAAAUUCUGGACAUAUCAGCUGCCUGACACUCACGCCAAAUUCCACGUGUUGUUUCUGUUUUUUGUGGCGGCCAUGUUCUUCAUCAGCAUCCUGUCGCUUUUCAGCUACCAUCUCUGGCUUGUGGGAAAGAACAGGACCACCAUAGAGGCUUUCAGGGCUCCUGUCUUCAGAAAUGGCCCAGACAAGAAUGGCUUCUCUCUGGGAUUCAGUAAGAACAUGGCUGAGGUCUUUGGAGACCAGAAGAAGUACUGGAUGUUUCCCAUCUACACCAGUCACGGUGAUGGUAACAGUUUUGUCACCCGGUUGGUGAACUUAGAUCCUGAACAGAUAGCUGUGGGCCUCCAGAUCAACGGCAAAAGCUCUGUAGAUUGUCCUGCAAGCCCCAAGCAUGUCCUUGGCGACACCAUCAACCACAUUGUGGACCAUCAGGAUGGCAGCUUCGACAAAACUGAUGUAGCCGAGACGGUCACAGUCACCAUAGAGAACGAGUCAUAGACAGGUAAGCCUAUGGAUGACUCCCGCUGAAGUGUAGGCGUUUCUUACAGAGCUUAGAGAGGAAACUGAUGACCACCCAUGAUCUUUGAUUACCGAGUUGGCUCAAAUCUGCCAAGAGACAACUGAGCCAUCAACUGUGAUGCCUUACAACCAGCAGAAUCUGUCUAAACAAAAAACACCCCUUAUCACCUGCAGCACCCCUACUACCAUGGACAAAUGUCAAGUAACAGCUCUUGUAUGGACAUAUUUUCUAUUGCCAUUCUUACAUCUGCCAAACGGCAUUCCUGGUAUGAUGGACACAACCUGGACUGUCAUGGACGCUACAUCUUACAUCAGCCGUCUAAGUCCUCACCAAGCACAUACACUCUGACACUUCAUCUUUGUUUUUAACCAAAGCUUUUUUUUGUAACUAUGAUUAAUCUCUGGGACUACUCUGUUAUUCAAGCUAAAAAAGUAGACUCUUUGCACUAGUUUAGAUUAUUUCAGGAAAAGUGCAGGAAAAUAAUUGCUUUACACUUAUACACCUCAGUCGAAUUAGUAUUCACUUUCUUUAUUGGUAAAUGUUUACUGUUUCUUUCCCCAGAAACUCAGUUACUGGCUUUGAUUGGGUUAAGCCCAGGGAAUGCAAUGUUCAGGGCCUCAAGACGCAACGUCUCAGUUGACUGUAGUAUGUACUUUACAUUUGAACCCUGUGGAGGGCGCUAAGCAUAUCCAUUGAUUUCAACAGGCCAUACAGUCUUACAGUAGGUUUGCAUGAAAAAAGGCUUUGUAGGACCCUAUGCCAAAUCCUUUCCUGCUCAACAUCGUAAUUUAAAGCUAGAACACUUAGUUUUUGGGAUUAUAAAUGAAUGAUCUCAUUGAUUCUUCAAUAUAACCUACAGAUUUAUUUUUUACUAUGUUUGUAAACAACAAAUGUAAAUGCACUAUAGCUUCAGAAAAUGGUUCAAACUAUCCUUUUUAUAUUUUUGAUGAUAAUUCCUUGCAUCCAUAGCUCUGUCUAUGAAUUUUGAGUGGUUACAUUUCUCCAGGCCCAUCCCUCAGCUUUUUACCGAAACUGAGGCAGUUUGUCAUUGUUUCAACUGCUGAUUCUAGCUUUUAAAUGUGCCUGCAGUUAAGUUGUUCAGAUUAUGCUUUCUGUUGUAUGGAAGGACAAAGGUUAAGUACAGUGCCAUAGUAAAUGGUUCACCUUAGCAUGGUGUAAUUACUUUAAAAUUUCUGUUUGCAAUUUUAAACAGUUGAUUUUUGCUAAUACACAUUUGAAGUGUCACACACAUGACCCUAAUGAUGCAGGGCCAAAUCCUAACUCUAGAUCCAUGUUUUGCAAAUUUGUGAUCUAUAGUACGGGUCGAAAGUUUGGACACACCUACUCAUUCCAGGGUUUUUCUUUAUUUUUACUAUUCUCUACAUUGAAGCACAACAGUGAAGACAUCAAUCAAACCUAUAAAAUAAUACAUGGAUUCA